AUGGUAAGUGCUUGGUCUGGGGCGCUGUUUGGUUUAGCAGUGCAACUUAUGUCAAACGCACUCCAAAAGCUGCCGUUGAUGCGGCGACCCUGGGAGCACGUGCUCUUCGCAGCGGGCGGCGCGUUUGUGGGUCACAAACUGGGCGACCUGGAGGUGGAACUUACGCAACGCAUUGAAGCGCAUCGCGCUAAUCAGAAGCGUCCCGGCUCGUAA